GCCAUUUUCAAAGGAUUUCAGGCGCUGGGACUCCGCGGCGGCCCCGCUUGCCGGCGCCUGCUUUUAGCGUUACUUCCUGAACAAGCUGUGACACGGAUUGGUUCAUGAUACUUCUUCUGUAAAACUUUCUCAAUUCAAUUAGUAAAAAAUCUUUGCUCUUUCUAAAACACAAGCUUUUAAACAAAUCUGAUUAUCUAUUUUGAAGUAAUUUAAUCUUUUUAACUGAUACAAGUCUUCUUAAGGAGAAGAUGAGCUCAGGAGUUACCAGUUUUCUUCUGUAGUAAUAUAAAAUAUAUUCCUGAGUCUCAAUCUAGAGACUGUAACACAAUCACACUUUUCCUGAAUUCAACACAGAAUCUUCAACUUUAAUGUAGAAGUACCAAGAACUCGUUACUUUAGUCUUUGGCUGCCAGAGGAGUAUGAAGAGCAUUUCCCACACAUCAGGACAUUGACUUUGUGCCACUGAGUGCACUGGUGGAACCAGAGUGCACCACUGCCUCCUUCAGCCACACCAGCACAGUAUGUGAGGGAUUGUUGGCAAUGCCAUUGCUUAGUUAAUGUCCCAACAACCCAAACCUCUUCAAGCAAGCAUUUUUGGUAGUACCCAGAGCAGAUGCCGUGCUUGUUAGACUGGUGAUUCUCAUCUACAGAGCAGUGCCCAGCAGCCACAGGUGUCCUGUUUUUGUUGCCUGUGACCUGAGCAGCUUUGGAGGUGCGUUUACAAUGAGUGCGAAUGCAGAGAGAAGGUUUGUUAAUCUCAGGAAACGUCUGAAUCAGCUGGGCUAUCGGCACCCCCUGGGAGUGGACAGCUUACCUUUGGUGGAAAAGCUUUUCAGUGACUUAGUUCAUACAACUGAGAGCUUGCGCAAGGCAAAGUUUUCUUCUGGGAAAACGGAGAAAGAGUGCAGCAAUUAUGAUACUGUUUUGGAACCUUAUAAAACAGAGAAUGCUAGACUUACCAGGGAAAAUAAUGAUCUACACUUAGAAAUAUUAAAACUGAAAGAGAAGUCUGAUCGCCAUGUUAAAGAUUUGAAAGCUUGCUUAAGGAAGGUUGAACACGAAACAACUGACUUGAAAUUUUUGAAUAACCAGUAUAUGCAUAAAAUUAAAGUGCUGGAAAAAGAGACCAAAGCCAAGACUGAAAAAAUUCAGCAGCUUCAGGAGAAGAAUCUGCAAGCAGUGGUGCAAACACCUGGUGGCAGGAGGAAGAGCAUUCCCUUCAGGCGGCAGCGCAUGCAGAUAGACCAGCUUGUGCCCCCAUCAGGUGUCAGUGCCUACCCAGUGCCUCAGCCAGAGGACCCUUACGUUGCAGACCUGCUCCAGGUGGCUGAUAAUCGAAUUCAAGAACUGCAGUCAGAAGUAACAGAGCUACAGGAAAAACUGGAGAUAUCUGAAAGUGGAAUGAAAAAUUAUAGCAAGCAGGUUGAGAUAAGAGACAAAGAAAUCGAGCGCUUGAUGCUGGCAUUGGAUGGAGGGCGUUCUCAUGAGGUUCUCUCUCUGGAAUCAAGAACUAAAAGUAAUGAGAAGCUUAUUUCCCACUUGAAUAUACAGGUUGAUUACCUUCAGAAAAAAAACAAAGAACUUGAAAAUCACAUUCAAGAUCUCUUGGACACUAAACAAAAUGUGACUAGUGAGGUAGUGGAUUUAAGCAAUAAAAAUCAAGAACUGUGUCAGGAAUUGAAUGAAAUAGAUCACUUGGCACAGCAGUUGGAAAGACACAAAGAAAUAGUGCUUGAGACUGCAGAUAAGGAAAUAGGAGAAGCAAAGAAAGAAAUUGAAAGAAAAGUCAGUGAAAUACAGGAUCUACAAGAAACAAUAACAAGGCUUAAAUCAGAGUUGUGCUCAUGUCAUAAGGAGAAUGAGAGGCUGAAUGAAGAACUCUUUGGGAAAAAAGAUGAAAAAGGGCGUCUUGAGCUGUUGUUAAACCAGCUUCAACAAGAGAAGGAAAGACUGACAGAAAAAACAGAGAAUUUAGAAAGAAAAGAACGAGAACUUGUCCUAGAAAUUGAAAGAAUGAGAUUGGACUUUGGUAUUGCCCUAGGAGACAAAUCUCCAUCUCGUCUGGAUGCAUUUGUAAAGACCUUAGAAGAUGACAGAGACUACUAUAAGCGAGAAUUAGACUAUCUUCAGAAAAUAGUUAAACUGAGGCCUAGCCCAAGCCGCAGGACUGCAGAGAAGACCGAAGAGCUUAAAUCAAUCACCAGAGAAAGAGAUGAGCUGCGGUCUGUGUUAGACAGAUUUGAAAAACACAUGAUAGAAAUUCAGUCCAAUGUCAAAUUAUUGACUUCAGAGAGAGACAGAUUAAAAGUUCUUUAUGAGCAGUCUCAGAGUGAAUUGAACAGAAUGAGAAGAGAAGCAAAACACAGUUUUGUUUCUCAAAGUCAUAUAGAAGAAGAAAGAGACAUUGCACUGACUGACUCUAGAAUGUUAAGGGCAGAGAAGGAAAGUCUUGGAGAAAGAUUAAAGAUGCAUCAAGAAGCAGCAUACCAUGAAAAAUCAAAGCUGCAGCAUGAUAUUUCAGAAUUGGAAAAUAAUAUUCAAGGACUUCAGAUUGAAAAGUGUGAACUAAGGACUACAGUCUCUAUCCUGAAAGAAAGAAUAAACUAUUUGGAAAAUGAAUUAAAUCUGAAGUCAAGUAAACUUGCCCAGGCUUCUGAUGAUUCUUCUCAAUUUAAAGCUGAGAUUUGCUCACUUCAGCUCUUAAAUGACCAACAGCAGAAGUCUGUUGAAGAUUUACAGCACAGAUUGUCCCUCAAAAAGGAUGAACUACUGGCAGCUCAAGAUGAAAUUAUAAAGCUGAAAGAGAUAAUAGAUAGGUUAAACCAGAGGAGCACUUCACAGGAAGAAGCUGUCAGUGUGCUGAGAAGUACCAUUAGUGUUUUGGACAAAGAAAAGGACAGUCUUCAAGAAACCGUAGAUGAAAAAACAGAAAGAAUUGCAUGCUUAGAUGACAACUUAGCUAACAGGGAAAAAACAAUCGCUCAUUUACGUUUAACUCUCUCUGAGCUGGAGUCCUCAACAGACCAGAUGCAGGACAAGCUGAGCAACAGAGACCGUGAGAUAGCCAGCUUGCACCGCCAGCUGGACACAUCCCAGCUGGAGCUUGCAGAAAUGGGAAGAGUGAAGGAAAUGGCUCUGAAGGAAAACAGGCGGCUGCAAGAUGACCUGGCUACAAUGGCCAGAGAAAACCAGGCAAUCAGUACUGAGCUUGAAGAUGCAAUACGUGAAAAAGAAGAAAUGAAAACCAGGGUUCACAGUUAUAUAACUGAAGUCUCCAGAUUUGAGAACUUGAUAGCUUCAAAGGAAAAAGAAAACCAAGAAUUGUUAGAGAAGUUCCGGAUGCUCCAUAGCCAAGCUGAAGGCUGGGAAAUGAAGGCUCACCAAGCUGAAGGAGAAAGCAGCUCCGUGCGACUGGAACUGCUUUCGGUAGAUACAGAUCGGAGACAUCUUCGAGAGAGAGUGGAGUUUCUGGAAAAAGAGAUUCAAGGGCAUAUUGUUGCACAUCAAGUAUAUGAAUCUCAGAUCUCCUCCAUAACCAAAAAUAUGUCCAGAUUGGAAGAGGAUCUUAAACGUGAAAAUCAGGAUAAGGCAUCUGUGUUGGCAGACCUCGCUUCUGUGAGAGAACUCUGUGUGAAACUUGAGGCUAGCAAAGAACUUUUAGCUCGACAGCUGACGUCCAAAAGCAUGGAUUAUGAAAGGGUUCUAGGAGAAUUAGAAGAUACAAAAUCAGAAGGAGAGUUGCUGAAAAAGCAGCUGUCCAGUGAGAGACUUACAGUUCAGAAUCUUGAAACGUUAUUGGCUACUAGUAGAGACAAAGAAUUUCAGAAUCAAUUAACGUCCCAAGACAAAGAUACCGAAAUUCAGUUACUGAAAGACAAGCUGACCCUGGCUGAGAGCAAACUAAGCAGCAAUAAUAGAGAGGUUUCCAUGCUUCGAAGUAAAGUUGCACAGAUGCAGACUGACACUGAUGUUUUAAAAAGGAAACUGACAACUGAGCGAUUUGAACGGGAGCGCGCGAUCCAGGAGAUGCGCCGGCACGGGCUGAGCACGUCCUCGCUGCGCGCCUCGCCCCCGCUCAGCUCCGCGCUCAGCUCCACGCUCAGCUCCGCGCUCAGCUCCACGCUCAGGUCCCCCGCGCACUCCCCGGAGCGCGGCGCCGCCAGGACAGCUGAGCACGCAGCGGCUGAAAAAAAUGUGACCAUCAAGGAAUAACCAGUACUUGAGUAGCUGAAGCAUUACCUUGCUACAAGGACUUUUUUAAUAUAAAUUAUGAAUACUUGUAUUUUACCUCUGUUUACUUCAAAUCACUGAUUGCCUUUGAAACCUCUGAGAACGGGUGAAGUAAUCAACUUUGCAAAAUUCUGCUUUCCCAACUGGCAGGAGUGACUGACUUUUUCUGGCUGCUUGACAGGUUUUGUAUCAAACCUGGCUAAGUUUUCUUACUUUUUUGGAAACAUAAUAAUUAAAAGAAGGAAAUGAGUAUUGAUUUGACAAUCUCUUGUUUUCAUUUUUGUAUUUUAUUUGUUUGCUCUUUUGAUAUGAUUGGAGAAGUUUAUUCAUCUUAAUGUGUGCUAACAUAGAAUAACUUCCUCAACUGUG